CUUUCUACCAUCUUGAGCACAUAAAGCGAAAACGUUACUAACGUUAUGUCUGGAAAUGGGCGUUGUCUAAGCGUGUUUACUUUAAUAUCUACUUCGACUUUUUUAUCGUUUGAGAAGAACGGAACGAAUUCGUCGGUGUAUGUUUUUGGAUUUCAUCAAUCAAACAAUCGCCUCUUCUAAAUCAUGAGGAGUUUGAUCGGAUUUUGUGAAUAUGGUUCAUAAAUCUUUUUUCUUCUGUCUGUGGAUUUGGUUCUCACGUGGUGUGCUUUGCCAUACAGAUGCAGUGAAAUCAGUAUCAGUGAUGAAGGGAAGUUCUGUCACUCUAAACACUGAUGAUAAAGUACAGAAAGAUGAUCAGAUACUGUGGCUGUAUAAAGCUGACAAUCCAUACACUAUUAUAGCUGAAAUCAACAGACAGAACAUCUAUAUAGAUGCCACUAAUACAACAUUUGAGAAAAGACUCCAGAUAGACAGUCGAACUGGAUCUCUGACCAUCAGAAACAUCAGACCUGAACACUCUGGACUUUAUAAACUACAGAUCAUCAGAAACAGAAUAUUCUCACACAAGAGUUUCACAGUUGCUGUUUAUGCUCCUGUUCCCAUUCCUGUCAUCAGCAGAAACACGUCAAACUGUUCUUCACCAUCUGAAAGAUCAAGUCAGAAUUGUUCAUUGGUGUGUUCAGUGUUGAAUGUGAGUCAUGUGACUCUCUCCUGGUACAAAGGAAACAGUUUAUUGUCCAGCAUCAGUGUGUCUGAUCUCAGCAUCAGUCUCUCUCUACCUCUGGAGGUGGAAUAUCAGGAUAAAAACAGCUACAGCUGUGUGCUCAACAAUCCCAUCAGCAACCAGACUCAACAUCUGGACAUCAGUGGACUCUGUCACAGAUGUAAAGAUGUCCUUCAGAAGUCACAUCUUAUUCCACUGAUAUCAGCUGGCUUAUUAAUACUGGUCUUGGCUGUAGUUGUAGGGUUGGUAUUCUUUCACCGCUGGAACUGCAAACAAGCAAUACCAGAAGGCAAGUGUUACCUUUUUCAUUCAAUGAUCCCAUCAGCAACCAGACCAAACAUCUGGACACCAGUCGUCUCAGUCACACGUAACUACACUGGUUCUGUUGAAUGAUUUUGACUGACUGAGAAGAGCCGCUAAUAGGAGUCAUUCUUUCGGGAAUCGGAUCACAUUGGUUGUGCUGAAUGUUUUUGUUUUUGAUUCACUGAAAACAACGCCUCAUAGGAAUAAUUCCUUCAGGAGUCGGACAACACCGGUGCAUUGUAUUUUUUUUUAUUUACAGAAAAGAACAGAAUCAUACGAGUCCUUCGUUCGGGAAUCAGAUUGCACUGGUUUCGCUGAAUGGUUUUGAUUCACUGAA